AUGAGCUCCAUUGAGGAGCAAGAAGCUCGGGCAGCUCAACCGAUGCCAACCACACCUCUGCAUCUAUCCACUCAUGAAGAAAAGGUUGACACCUGGUCAACUCGCGAGAAGCUAGUGCUGGCUCUCAGCGUCGCUACAAGAGGAGACCAGAAUUGGACUGGAUUCAGGCAAACGAUUAAGCAUUACGCUGAAAAGGAUCGACCAGUGGAUUUUUUCAGCAACAGAUCAUGUGCUACUCAGUAUCGCAAAAUGCUUGAGGAAAUUGAAGCUCCCAAGCGCCGAAGAGAAAAGAAGGAGGAUAAAAAGGGCCGUAGCGCUGAAGAAGUUCCUCAAGAGCUGAUUAUUAAGAAGUGUAAGGAUGAGCACUUGGCGGAGCUGGGAAAUCGCAUCAAAGCACAAAUCACCGAAUAUUGCGAAAAUCUAGCUAUUAUUGAAAAAAUCAAAAGUGGCAACUACGAUAAGAAGUGGUAUGCUGAAAUAUGCAAACAAGUCAAGCGGGAGAUUGAGCUGAAGAAGCAGAAGGAACAACAACAGCAAGCAGCUACAGCUCAACCGCCGCCUCCAACAACACCAGUCAAAUCAGCGCUCAGUAGUGCAGAGACUGUGCAACCACCAGCAACGCCCACUGUGUCUGUGGCUCAAGCUGCCACUACUGGUGAUAGUGUGGAUGCUUCUCAAUUGAAUGAUAAGACGGGCACUGCUUCGGUGGGCAAAGAUGAAACCAUUCCGACGCCAAAGGCGACCGUCGUUGAGCCAGUGACCUCACCGCGCAUUACUCGCUCUCCCGAGAAGGCGAUCACUAGCCCCAGUUCUUCUUUGCCUAAACUGAACUCACCACCAGCCGCUGUUUUGCCCAGGCUCAAGUCGCCAGUUAAGGCCAGCCAGGUGGUUGAAGAUGUCAAAAGUGAACAAUCGAAAUUACCUCCAGUUCUUCAAGAUGCUAAAGAUAAGCUGGCAGACAAAACUGCGGUUGAAACUGCUUCAGGUGGAACCCUUAAAACGGACACUGAUGAAGGAAAAUCGGUUGCCACUACAACAACCUCUGCCGCUGCGACUUCGAAAGAAGUUGCCGUUGUUGAAAAGGCAAAGAAAGAGCCGCCAACUACAGAGGUCACUAAAAGCGCCAUUCCUACGCCCCUCCAAUCAAGGAACAUCAUUGCACUUGAACACGAGAAUAGCAAUGAUACCAUUGAAGAGAUGGAGGUGGACAGUGUUCCGGUAAAGGCAGUUCUGAAAACUGAAAGCCAACUGAAAGAAACAACAAAGGCGGGAAGUAAGGCUAUUGAUCCAGUCAAACAGGAAACUCCCGCCGUCUCAAAGGAUGUCACAGCAAAGGCGGCAGAAAAGGCGAUUGUUGCUGAGACUGCUGCAACGCCGGUUGCCGCCGCUUCUUCAAAGACCGAAGAGGCGGCGCCGAAAGGUGUAAAACGAAAGGAGCCAUCAACUGAAGGAGAGGAGCCAAAGCUGAAGGCAGCCGUCUCUACUCCAGCUGAAAGCACUGUCGUCAAGAAGGAAGAGGAAAGCUCAGUGGCAAAUCCAAUUCCAGCUAGUACCCUUGAAGGUUCUACUACAAAAACUACCGAGGAGUCCACCGAAUCAUCAACGCCGGCAACGCCAGCUGAGCCGCCGGCAAAGAGGAAAUCGCGUAGCAGGGUCCCCAAGACGCCCAGCUCUAUGAAUACUCGCUCCACGCGAUCUCAGACCCAAAUAAAGGUGGAGCAGAAGGACGCCAGUAGUACGACGCCGGUGUCGGCAGGCAGGGGCGGCGGCGCAGAAAGAGCCAGCAGCAGAGGAGCAUCCACCAGCUCAAAACGCAACCUGUCCAACAGCAUCGACGACACCAGCCUGGACAAUGUCUACAGUGAGGAGUCGAGUGAUGUGGUGGGGACCGCCGCGGCAGCUGCUGCUGCUGCUGCAAACAGCACUGAGAACGACUCCACUGACACCAGUGACCCCGCCCCCAUGCCGAUUGACAACUUCUGGCGCAGAGCGGCCCUCAAGGUCAUGACCACCAUUCAGGCGAACAAGCACUCUGGCCUUUUCGCCACGGAGAAGAGCGAGGCCAGUAUGAAGGUGCGGGACUAUGGGACCCGCCUCAUCGAUCUGAACUCCAUUAAGAAACGCAUCAACGACGGGCAUAUUCGCGACUGGGUCAAAGUCGACCGAAGAAAGACUCGCGGCUCGAUAUCAGUGGAAAAGCCCGCCGGCAGUAAAAAGCGCUAG